GCGAUUAGGUGUCAAAGCUGUUUCAAUUACAAUGGAUUAGCAUGCGUGUCAAAUCCAGACUGUAGCGGAGAGUUCUGCCUUUACGAGCAGAUAGUGAGACCGAAUGGAGUGGUCUCGGUGAGGAAGGCAUGUUCUUCUAGUGGCCAAUACCAAUUCGACGACGGCACUCCGAUGACAAAUCUGACCAUGCUUCCGGGCCCGUACUAUGUGCUCCUGUGCUCCACCGGGGAUGAGUGUAACAGUCAGUGCACAACAACGGCUCCACCAACUCCUCAGCCGAUACUCGGCGCUGUGUCUUGCUACGACUGCAUCUCAUAUGACGGCUCCGACUGUCAGACGAAUAUCUGUCAAGGGAACUUCUGUGUUUAUGAGAGACGUAUUUCAAACAAUCAGGUGAUGGUGAGAAAAAGCUGUUCAGACGAUGGAGUAGCUCUUCUUGACGACGGUACCGUAGUCAAUGUCGUCGGAGUAUGCGAGAUUAGG